CCGGGCUGGUGGAGCUGGGCUUCGCCGAGGCGGCACCGGCUUGGAGGCUGCGUAGCGAGCAGUUCCCCAGCAAAGUGGGCGGGCGGCCCGCGUGGCUGGGGCUAUCGGGGCUGCCGGGACCCGGGGCGCUGACGUGCACGCGCUGCGGCCAUCCGCUCACCUUCCUGCUGCAGGUGUACGCGCCGCUGCCCGACCGCGACGACGCCUUCCACCGCAGCCUCUUCCUCUUCUGCUGCCGCGAGCCGCCGUGCUGUGCCGGCCUGCGAGUUUUUCGGAAUCAGUUACCAAGGAAAAAUGCGUUUUACUCCUACGAGCCUCCUUCUGAGACGGGAGCUUCAGACACUGGAGAUUCUGUGCGCCUCCAGCUUAAGUCAGGAGCCCACCUCUGCCGGGUUUGUGGCUGCCUGGGCCCUAAGACGUGCUCUAGGUGCAAGCAGGCACAUUACUGCGGGAAGGAGCAUCAGACACUGGACUGGCGGCUGGGACACAAGCAUGCUUGUGCACAGUCAGAUCAUUUAGACCAGACAGCUCCAGACCACAACUUCCUGUUCCCAGAAUUUGAAAUUGUGACAGAAGCAGAAGGCGAGAUUACACCUGAUGAGGCUGUGGAAAUUAAAGAUUAUUCUGAAGUCAAAGAAAGCAUGGGGAGAAUACUUGAGGAAGAACUAGAUUCCAUGGCAAAGCAUGAAUCCAAGGAAGAUCACAUUUUCCAAAAGUUUAAAUCCAAAAUAGCCCUUGAACCAGAGCAGAUUCUCAGGUAUGGAAGAGGCAUUAAACCGCUCUGGAUUUCUGGAGAAAAUAUCCCUCAAGAAAAAGAUAUUCCAGAUUGCUCCUGUGGUGCUAAGAGGACAUUUGAAUUCCAGGUCAUGCCCCAGCUGUUGAACUACCUAAAGGCAGACAGACUGGGCAGGAGUGUGGACUGGGGCGUCCUGGCAGUCUUCACCUGUGCUGACAGCUGCAGCCUGGGCAUGGGCUACACAGAGGAAUUUGUGUGGAAACAGGAUGUAACAGACACACCUUGAAAACGAUUACAUUCUUUUUUUCCUGGUUUUUCAAGAUAGGGUUUCUGGCUAUCCUGGAACUUGCUUUGCUCCAAGUGCUGGGAUUAAAGGUGUACACCACCACCACCCAGUUUAUUAUUGCUAUUUUAAAUGUAUUCAUGUUUUGCCAGCAUAUGUGUGUACCACAUAUGUGCCUGGUGCCUCUAGAGGCCAGAAGACGAUUUUGAAUUUCCCUGGAACUGGAGUUACAGACACUUGUGAGAUACUAUGUGGGGUGCUGGGAAACCUGGGUCCUCCAACUUAUUAAGAGUACUUCCCACUCGUCCAAAGGACCCAAGUUCAGUUUCUAGCACCCACAUCAGGAAGCUACCUGUAACACCAGGUCCAGAGGAUCUGAUGCCCUUUUCUGACCCCUCUGGGUAGCCAGUACAUAUGUGGCAUAACUCACACAGAUACAUAAAACUUACACAUGAGCAAAAAAUAAAACCUUAAGAGUAUCUGGGAAGGAACCAUGUAUAGUUCCAUCUAUAAACCAUCCAUAUUCACAGCAUUUCCCCACCUCCAGUUUUAUAGUUAAAGAGGUAUGUAGGAAAAACCAAAGUAGUCAAUACUGUCUGAUGCCAGAACAAGGAAAAACUCAACUUCGUAAGACCGAGUAGGAUGAAGGAGGAGCCAGUAAAGAAGCAAUAGUACCAGGCUUGGCAGGAGCCUGCAUUUAAGAAGGUCCUACUUCAGAGCUGGCCUUGAAAAGCCAGGGGACUUAUUUAUAGAAGACUGAGAUCAAACAAGGACCUCCUUUUCCCUCUGCAAAUACUGCCUUCACAGGUUAACUUGAGAAAGUGAACAGAGAAGGAAGAACUGGCCCUGGAAGGAACAACCUGACUAAAGGGAGGUCCUGGAGCCAUCUUUCAGGUAUGGGGUGUUCCAUAUGGUGCAUUGCCAAGCAAUUUGCCAAAUCUCAAGAUGUUAACAGUACUUGCAGUCUUCACCCACUCACAAGUGAAUUCCCGACAUCAGAGACCCAACAGAGCUUUUAUGUCAUGUCACCUUAGCAUCCUUGUAUAUCACACUAUAUUACCAUUGACUAUCCAGCUAUAGCAUAUCACAGAGUCCUGUCCUGUGAGUUCAUACCACAUAUGUGUACGUUAAGAUAUACAUAGAACCAUUUGGAGAUUCCUAUGGGGGACACGUUAUUUACUAAGCUACUUUUAAGGGGAAAAUGCUGUUCAUUUUUAACUUGAGGCAGCUAUGCUAAAGCACUAAGAACCACACAAUUAGUGGCGAACAUGUAAAAACACACUGACUCAGGAAAAGACUCAGACAGGAUAUUCAAAUGUGGCAUCACCUACAAAAUUACAGCAAAGCUGUCUACUCAAAAUGUCCUACAGAAAGGUCUGAAUGCUAAAGACUUUUAAAAGUAAAUGCACCAAUGUAUUUAUAAACGGCAAGGGCUGUUAUUUAAGGCUAUCCCCGGGUGGUGUGGACAUGAAUGUACCCAGCUAGGCGCUCAACAAACUACAUCUGGGGUCAACCUUGGAGACCCCUGGAUUCAAGGUUACCUCAGGCCACAAACUGAGUGCCUGAUUGGCCUGGGCUUGAUAUCUCACGAUUCCUUCUCACUAAAAUUACUAUCUUGGUUA